AUGCCUCUUAUUGAAGACGAAGAUGAUACCAGGCAAUAUGAGAUUGUAUGGAACCUAGCAACAGUUAUAACAAAGGCUUCCUCACAUUUCACCAACGCCAAAGGCGCCUAUUCACAAUGGCUUUUGGUCGGUCUCGCUGGCCAGAAGUUUGAGUCAACUGGUUCAGUUAUCCUCCUUGCAAAUGAAGGGAAAGCGAGAUAG